UCUUCGCCAUUAGUGGGUUUAGAAGUUUUUAAUAUACUGUAUUUAAAUACAUUGCUACAAUAUUUGAAUUUUUCUCGUCACAAGAUCCCAUAGCUAAUGUUCUUCACUCUCUAACCUAACCCCUUAAUCUAAUGUGAUGCAUUUCCAUUCGUUCUAAAAGUUUUACUUAAAUUGCGCACUCAUUGUCCCGGAUAAAUCCACAUUUCAUUUCUUGUUUCAGCACGCUGGAGAGCAACACUCGGAACUUCUCUCUCAUACCUCUAAUUUUGUAGUUUUGAGAUGUGUUAAUAACUUUUCAUUGAUUAGAAUACAAAUAAUUUAUUAGUUAUGAAAACAGCAUUUCUCUCUCUCAUCUGCAGCCUUUAUGCGCGCUAGCAUGUUCUCCUCCUCUAUGUGCGGAUUGUGUACUCCGGUUAGCUCCCUCUGACCAAAAACACACGUCAUUUGAGAUGAAAAGUUCAAAGUGCCUUUAUACAUAUAUGUUAGCUUCUGUGUCUCAUUUUGGCAUGGAGCUAGACGGGGGACCUGUCCAGAGUGUUUCCUGCCGCUCGUCUGAUGGCCGCACCGCAUAAAUUAGGCCCCAGCUCCCUGCGAGCUUAAAGAGGAUGAAACGGUUCAGGAAAAACACAGAUAAAUUAUUAGAACGAGGACAGUAUAAACACAGAGAUCUUUAAACUUAAGUUUUGUUCUGACAUAUUUGAAUUGGUUAAUGUUUUAUAAACAUCUUUUUUUAAAUGCCCGCGAUAUUUUUGCAAGUUCUUAAAAACAGCAAAUAAACAGUGACGUUUAUCUUUAUUCUGUAGUAAUUCAGUUUUAACUCGUAGUGCCGCUGUUGACCAUGAUGUCAAAUAGCAGUUUGUUGCUGCACAUCCCAGCAUCGCCAUAAUGAAAAGGACACGACACGAUCAGAGGACCGCUCCAGUUCUCUGAUUGUGUGGGAAAGGAAACACGGAAGAUUGGAGCUCCGUUGUUUUUAAAGGAAACAAAUUCAAGUCGAUUGUGGGACUGGGAUUUUAAUUACUCUUACUGGAUUUAUUAAAAAGGAAUUGCUCUGGAUUUAAACUGAGACAACAAUGGACAGGCAAGUGACGCUGCUCAUCUUUCUCCUCUCCUUUGGCUUUGUGCUCGGGCAGGUCAGCUACAUCAUCCCAGAAGAAAUGUCAAAAGGAUCUUUAGUUGGUAACAUAGCUCAUGAUCUAGGUUUACAAAUUAGCCGUUUAAAAUCGGGAAAAGCGCGGAUUUUUACACCAGACAGCGAGGAGUUCGUGGAGCUGAACAGAGAGAGAGGAGUCCUCCUCGUUAAAGAAAGGAUCGACAGAGAGGCGCUCUGCAAACAGACGACGCCCUGUGCGUUACAUUUUCAGAUUAUUCUAGAAAACCCCAUGGAGUUUUAUACUGUCACAAUUCAGGUUACAGAUAUUAAUGAUAAUCCACCUAUAUUUGGAAAACGCGAAAUGAAGUUUAAGAUCAGUGAGUCGGCGGUGAUCGGAGCUACUUUUGUUCUGGAGAGAGCUGUGGAUCUGGAUGUCGGUGUUAAUAAUCUGAAGAGCUACAAUCUGAAACCAACUGAUAAUUUUGCUCUGAAGCUCCACAACAGCGCUGAUGGAAACAAAAACGUAGAGAUGGUUUUACAGAAGCCUUUAGACAGAGAGAAGCAGGAGCAGAUCAAUCUGGUGUUAACGGCUGUAGAUGGAGGAGAGCCGCAGAUGUCAGGAACGAUGCAGAUUGUUAUUACAGUCUUAGACGUUAAUGAUAAUGCUCCUGUUUUUACACAGAAAACAUACAAAGCUACAGUUACUGAAAACUCACCUAAAGGCACCGUUGUUGCUACAGUUACAGCAUCAGAUGCAGAUGAAGGCUCUAACAGUAAAAUAACAUAUUCUAUCACUAACGCGUUAGAAGAUAUCAUUAACAUAUUUCAAGUAAAUGAGAAUAACGGUAAAGUUACUCUAAUAGGAAAUACAGAUUUUGAAAAUUCGAGAAGCUACCAGAUACGUUUGCUUGCUAGUGAUGAAGGAGGGCUCACAGAUUCUUGUAAAAUAAUCGUUGACGUGCAGGACACGAACGAUAACAGCCCUGAAAUAAAGAUCAUGUCCAAAUCCACUGUUAUAUCAGAGGAUGUCAAAUUAAAUACAGUUGUUAUGAUGAUCAACAUAAAAGAUAAAGACUCUGAACAAAACGGAAAAGUGAAAUGCUCCAUAAAUGAGAAUAUGCCUUUUAUUUUAACAUCAUCCUCAAAUAAUUUCUACAGUUUAGUGACAGACAGCGAGCUAGACAGGGAGAGAGCCUCUGAGUAUAACAUCACGGUGAGCUGCUCUGAUGAAGGAGUGCCCUCCCUCUCCAGCAGCGUCACUCUCACCUUACAGAUCUCUGAUGUGAACGACAACGCGCCUGUCUUUGAGAGGAGCUCAUAUGAGGCCUACAUUGUAGAAAACAACACACCAGGUCUCUCUAUAUUCACAGUGAAAGCCACAGACGCUGACUGGAACCAGAAUGCCCGUGUUUCUUACAUACUGGAGGACUCCACCGUUAACGGAGUUCCGGUCUCCUCAUAUGUGUCCGUUAGUGCUGAUAGCGGAGUCAUCCACGCAGUGCGCUCUUUUGACUACGAGCAGAUCAAAGACUUCCGGUUUCACGUUAAAGCGCAGGAUGGAGGCUCUCCUCCUCUCAGCAGCAACGUGAGUGUGAAAAUACUGAUCCAGGACCAGAACGAUAACCCCCCUCAGGUCCUGUACCCGGUCCAGACUGGAGGCUCCGUGGUGGCUGAGAUGGUGCCUCGUUCAGCAGAAGUGGGCUAUCUGGUGACUAAAGUGGUGGCUGUUGAUGUGGACUCUGGACAGAACGCCUGGCUCUCCUAUAAACUGCAGAAAGCCACAGACAGGGCGCUGUUUGAAGUGGGCUUACAGAAUGGAGAAAUCAGAACUAUCCGUCAAGUGACUGAUAAAGAUGCUGUGAAACAAAGACUGACUGUUAUAGUGGAGGACAACGGCCAGCCCUCUUGUUCAGCUACAGUCAUUGUUAACGUGGCGGUGGCGGACAGCUUCCCUGAAGUGCUGUCGGAGUUCACUGACUCUACACACGACAAGGUGUACAACGACAACCUGACUUUUUACUUAGUCUUGGCUCUGGCUGUAGUUUCCUUCCUCUUCAUCACCUGUUUGGUGGUUAUCAUCUCAGUGAAAAUCUACAGAUGGAGACAGUCUCGCAUCCUGUAUCACUCCAGCCUCCCUGUCAUUCCAUAUUAUCCACCACGUUACUCAGACACGCUGGGGACAGGAACUCUCCAACAUGUGUACAACUACGAGGUGUGCAGGACCACUGACUCCAGAAAGAGUGACUGUAAGUUCGGCAGAGCUGCUAGUCAGAACGUGUUGGUAAUGGACCCCAGCUCUACAGGAACCAUGCAGAGGAUGCAGGGUGAGAAGAGCAUCCUGGAUGAGCCUGACUCUCCUUUAGAGGUUAGAAUUCCUUCUUUUUAAGAAGCCUUUUUUCUUCCAUCUGUUUAAAAUCAAAUUCCGUUCAUAUUUUAUGUAAUCAUUGCUGA